ACUGAGAAUGAUAAUUAUAAUGACACAAUACUAUCAAAUCAAACAACAAAUGAAUCAACAAAUUCUGUUGAUACUAAUACUUGACAAAAAGAAAUGUAUUUUUAUUUAGCCAAGGUCAUAUUAGAAAAAAAACCAAUUGGUGAUUUUGUAAUUUUCUUUUUCUUUUUUCUUUUUAAUGCUCAACAUUUUUUGUUGUUGUUAUUGUUCGUUUUGUUCUAUUAUAUAUAUAUUUGUGAGUAUCGCUCAAGUAUUAAAACUAGUCGUGAACAAACCCAGCUGCUUUAACAAGUGCAUUAAAAAAAAGUACAAACAAAGAGAAUGGCGUGAUAUAUGGUUGUUUCGUUUUCUUUUCUUCAGUUCUUUUUCUUUUUUUGUUUUUUAUUUGAACAGAUUAUAAUUUUUGUUUAUAUUUCGAUGUUGUGUGCGCGUGCAAUAAAUGAGAAAGAAUACAGUAUAUACAUCUAACAAAAGAAUACUAAAUAUCAAAUGAUUUACUAACAUUCCACCGUUUUUAUUGUAUUUAACAAAAAAAAUUUUGCGAAAGAAAUUUAAUAUGUGUGAAUUAUGAUGUUUUUUUUUGUUCGAAUAUUAAUAAAAUUUUUCUAUUUGUCUUUUUUGUAUAAUAUUGAAUAUGCUUUCGAUUUAUUUAUUUCAGGUUCAAGGACAGAGAGAGAAAAGAAAGAAAGAAAGAAGAAUAUCGUAUAUGGUGAUAAUAAGAUUUUCUUUUUUUUUACCCUCAAUUUUUUUUCGUAUGUGUGAAAAAUAAAAUGAAUGUUUUUCAUUUACUUAGAACGAUUUCAUGAACUUGAUAAACGUUGUCGAGAUUUUGAAAAUGCAAAUAAUGAAUUAAAACAAUUGAAUAUUCAACUCGAAAAAGAUCUAUUAAGUGUUGGUGGUGUUACUGAAUUAUUUCGACGAGAACCUGAAGGACAAACAAGUGAUAGUAAUUCAAAUGAAACUAUAAUAAUUGAAGAUGUAUUAAAUCAAUCAUCUACAUCUCCAGCAUCAUUUAAGAAUUCAUUUUCACAUGUUUCAUCACGUGAUACAACAUCGGAUGAAGCAUUAACUGCUAUUGUUAUUAGUCAACGUGAACGAUGUCGUAUUCGUAAUGUUGAAUUAGAGAACGAAAAUGUUUCAUUAAAACAACAAACGAAUAUAUUUCAAAAUGAAAUGGAUAAACUUCGAUCGGACAAUAUAAAAUUAUAUGAAAAAAAUUAA